AAUGAAGGGAAAGAACCCUCAACAAUGUACUACUAUAAAUAUAUAUUUAUGUGUAUGUCAACUCGAACAUCUUUCUCAAAGCUAGUGAAGACCUGGUAAAACCAAUCUUCCAACACACAACACGCACGUAGACUCUGUCUUGUUGUUGAAUUUCUGCUUCUCUGGCGUCUCUCUUUUUUUUUAAUGGCGGGCUUUCAUGACCCUAUUUAUUGAAUCGUUUUUCAUGUAAUACUAUUCAUUCAUUGGACUUGAAAUUCUAGAAACUGUCCAGUGUAUUUGUGAGGGACAAGGUUAUAAUAUAUAUAGAUUGCAGUGUUCAGGGUUUUUGCAAGGGAGGCUCUGGUGCUUUUUUUUUUCUGGGGUUGACUCUUGUGUUUUGCAUACAUUUGAGUUAGAGGGAGUUGGUGGAAUCAAGGUUUCGUGUCAAGUGUUUCUCGUUUGGUUAUGCUUGAAGAAGAAAUACUCUGUUGGGUUGAUAUCAUUAGUUAGUAAUUGAAAGAGUUUAUUGGUGAUCAGUUGAGGCGUCAUUUUGAUCUUGUUCACUUCAAAAUCACACACACUUUAGGGAGUAAAGAAGUGGGGUUUUGUUAUAUGAUAGAGAACUUAAUAUGGGGAAUAGUAAUUGUAUUGGAUCAAGGUUUUCGAAGGAUGGUCUUUUUCAAACAAUUUCCUCUUCGAUUCGUUGGUCUCGAUCGACGGAUGGCUCGAUCAUUCAUAGUAAGAGAGAAAAUGGGGAAGGAUUGUCCUUGACUAAAGUGCAAGAACUUCCUGUCCAUGCUCAAAGGAAACCUCCGGAACAAAUGAAGAUAGUCAAGGAAGAGACUAAACAAGUAACAUUACCGGCAAGUCCCAAGGAAGGGGCCGCUAAACCAUCAGAGAUUGUGAUGAAGGUUAAGGAGGAGAGUAAGCCAGCCCAGCCAGCAAGUGACAAGGAAGAGAAAAAACCAGCAGUGCCCACAGGACCAAACAAGCCUCUUGUUAAGAGGACACCAAGUGCAGGGCUUCAGGUAGAUUCAGUGUUGAAGACAAGAACCGGUCAUUUGAGGGAGUACUACAACUUGGGGAGGAAGCUUGGACAUGGCCAAUUUGGGACAAUUUUUCUAUGUGCGGAGAAAGCAACUGGAAAAGAGUAUGCCUGCAAGUCGAUCUCAAAAAGGAAGUUAUUGACAUCAGAUGAUGUGGUUGAUGUAAGGAGGGAAAUUCAGAUAAUGCAUCACUUGGCAGGGCACCCUAAUGUUGUCUCUAUCAAAGGAGCUUACGAGGAUGAAGUGGCAGUUCAUGUUGUGAUGGAAUUAUGCGCUGGUGGUGAGCUCUUUGAUAGGAUUAUCAAGCGAGGACAUUAUACAGAAAGAAAAGCAGCUCAGCUCACUAGGACUAUAGUUGGUGUUAUAGAAGCCUGCCAUUCCUUAGGGGUCAUGCAUCGGGAUCUCAAGCCUGAGAACUUUCUCUUUGUCAACGAGAGUGAGGAUUCACCUCUUAAGGCAAUAGAUUUUGGAUUAUCAGUAUUCUUCAAACCUGGGGAGAUUUUUAACGAUGUGGUUGGAAGCCCAUACUAUGUUGCACCUGAAGUAUUGCGCAAGCGCUAUGGUCCAGAAGCAGAUGUUUGGAGUGCUGGAGUGAUAGUUUACAUUCUCUUAUGUGGGGUACCUCCAUUUUGGGCUGAAAAGGAGCAUGAUAUAUUUGAGGAGGUUUUGCAUGGUGAUCUGGAUUUCACAUCAGAUCCCUGGCCUAAUAUCUCUGCAAGCGCAAAAGAUUUAGUCAGGAGAAUGCUUGUCAGGGACCCUAAGAAGAGACUUACUGCCCACGAAGUUCUUUGUCAUCCUUGGGUUCAUGAUGACGGGGUGGCUCCAGACAAGCCUCUAGAUCCUGCAGUCUUAAGUUCCUUGAAGCAGUUUUCUGCAAUGAACAAGAUUAAGAAAAUGGCUCUUAGAAUCAUUGCUGAGAACGUGUCUGAAGAAGAAAUUGCUGGAUUGAAAGAGAUAUUUAAGAUGAUAGACACAGACAAUAGUGGUCAGAUUACUUUCGAAGAACUCAAAGUGGGACUGAGAAGAUUCGGUGCUAAUCUCUCUGAGGCUGAGAUUUAUUCUCUACUGCGAGCAGCAGAUGUUGAUAACAGUGGCACAAUAGAUUACAAGGAGUUCAUAGCUGCCACAUUACAUUUAAACAAAGUAGAAAGGGAAGAUCGUCUAUUUGCAGCCUUCUCAUAUUUUGACAAAGAUAACAGUGGCUAUAUCACUAUAGAUGAACUCCAACAAGCCUGUAACGAAUUUGGUAUGGAUGAUGUUCACUUAGAAGAAAUGAUUCGAGAAGUUGAUCAAGAUAAGGAUGGUCGCAUAGAUUUCAAUGAAUUUGUGGCCAUGAUGCAAAAAGGCAAUGCUGAACUGGGAAAGAAUGGUUUACAGGGUAAUAAUUUUGGCAUUGGAUUUAGGGAGGCACUAUCAGUUUAUUAACAUGGUGGUGAGGUUUUUCUUCUGGAAAUAAAUAAUUUAUUUAACUUGAUAGAUUUGUAUUGAAAAAUAGACCACACGUCUUGUAGCUGUAUGAUAUGUGAAAGGAAAUUUUUAAAACUCAAA